AUGGCCCAAGGACCGCUGAAGAAGGCGAAGGCCAACACUUCCACGAAACGUCCCUCAGCCCUCGGCCCCAAGAAGGGAACAAACGGGCAAAUUGCGCCAAAGAAAGCCUCGUUGAUUAAGCAGCAGAAGAUCACCAAGAAACUAUCAUCCGGGUUGACUGCGAAGACGGAACGGAAUCUCGCGCAGCGGGCGGGUCAUCUUGAGAUCCUUGCGGGGGGGAAGAAGGAUAAGAAGUCCAAGGAGAAGGGGAAGAGCGGGAAAUAA